AUGUCGGCUCAAAAUAUUCUUCAAGUCAUUCUUCCUGCUCGCAACCGGAGUGUCAGUGAUCCAAAUAAAUUAAACCUUGUUCCUGAGCCAGAGAGCUCCUCUUCUUCUAAUGGCCUUUCCGAAUUAUAUCGUCUCAAAAGAUAUGCUCGCUCUGACAUGUCUAUCUCAUCAAUUCUCGAGAAAGGCCGACGCCCCAGAAUACAAUCUGUCAACAGUGAUUUGCUACAGCUGUCCGACACCGAGACUUCCGAUGCAUCCAAUCAUAUUAUUUCACUUCUCGGAAGAUGUACUCCUUCGUCUACAAAAUCAAACCGAGCUUUCCAUUCUCUCUUUUGCAGUGUACCUUCAAAAGAUCAUCUCAUUGAUGUGUACAAAUGUGCAAUUCAAAAAGAGAUCUUACAUCAAGGGCACAUUUACGUUUCCGAACAUCAUGUCUGCUUCAGAUCAAACAUCUUUGGCUGGGAAACUACCCUUGUCAUGGCUUUUACCGAGAUUACAGACAUACAAAAAAGAAAAACAGCAAAAAUUAUUCCUAAUGGCUUAACCAUAAGUACCUCCAAUGCUAAUCAUGUGUUUGCCUCCCUUUUAUUCCGAGAUCAAGCGUAUGAACUUAUGAUGAAACUGUGGAAUCUUCAUAAAUCCCCGGAAAUCAUCAUAAGCCAGCCGACCAAGAAUGAAUGCAAUGACUUUGAUGAUUCGACUACGCUUGGAUCCGCCAGUAUAAUAAACGGCGAAAGUAACACACAAGCGUCGAUUGAACAAGAUGACACCUGUAAUUCGGAAACUAAUGAAAUUCAGCCUAAUUUACUACAUGAGGGACAAGAGUUGCUUGGCGACAGCCAGUCUUUUUCACCCAAGAGUUUACUAUCCAGAUCUCUGGAAUCUACCGUCACACUCGUUUCAAGCUACUAUCCUACUACAUGCAAAUGUAUCUCGGAGGAAAAACCUCACCACCUAGUCGUCGUCGACCAAUCCUUUCCGAGCUCUGUAGAAACAGCAUACAAGCUCUUGUUUGAAAGUGACUUUCUAAUUAAUUACUUUGAGCAGAAAAGAAAAAGAGGUUAUAAUACUACGCACAAAACACUUCAUUUGGAUAAAUCCAAGCAUAUCGCAGUAGAGAGCACUACCAUUCAUCACCGUGCCCCUGGAGGUUGCACAUUUGAAUUGAAGACUAGAACAUGUAUCCGAAAAACUGAUCCUCUUCGGGUAAAUCUCCGAAUCACAAUCAACAUUGAAUUUAUUUCCAAUGGUUUCCAUAGUUCUAUACUUCAGAAAAGUGUAAUAGAUAUAAUGAAGGGUGUAUUUUCAUCAAUCUCGGACUUGAUCGGCAAACGCGAUUCUAUUCACCUCUAUACUAUGGAUAAAGAUAUCUUGUCCCGCUUGAGCACAGAGAGCGAAAUGCGCGAGCGUGCAGAAAUCUACCGAGUAUCACAUCCUAUUUACUCUGGAAUCCAAUCAGUAGUCUCAUUGAUAAAGCCAAAAAGCAGCUCACUAGAGAUCGGUUCGUACCAUAUGGUUGCCCUUGGCGUAACAUUACUUGUUUUUUGGAACUUGUGGAUGGUCUAUCACACCAAUAAGCUUCUCAACCACAAGCUUCAGGAAUCAAUGAAAAGCACAGUUCAUCGCAGUGAAGAUCCAUUUGAGGUGAUUUUCGACAGUAUCAAAUCAAUUGAAAAUGUGCUGGACAUUGUUCAAAAAGACGCUUUACAAAAAAGACAGCAAUUGAUAGAGUUUAUAGAAACCUAA